AUGAUCAAUAAUAGAAAGGACGAUGCAUCGAAUGCUAUCAAGCUACCGAACCAGAUAUUAGAACAAAUUAACGACAAACAAGCUAAAGGGGAGUAUGACUCGGGCGAUGCUAGAUAUGGCACUCAAGACUCAAAGGGUUCCAAGAAGAGAAAAGCCGGCAAGGUGCUAUCUAGGAAAGAAAAGAGGAAACAAGAGCGAGCCUUGAAGAAGCAGAAACAGAAAACUAAUUCGAAAACAAACUCCUCGCCUGCCAAAAACACACACGCUAACGAGCACAAGAACAAAGCUCCAACGUCUAAUGGAAACAAAGGUGACAAACUGCAAGAUGUUAUGGAAAAGUUGAGAAAAAUGAAGGAAGAGAAGAAAAAGAACGGAUUUACUGGCUUAAGAGUUGUCGGAGAAGAUGACUUGAAGGAUGAUUCAGUAUCGGACAUCUCUGAUCUGGAAGGCAUUGAAAACGACUCUGCUUUUGAAGACUCUGAAUUGAGUGAAGAGGAGGACCAGAGCACUGACCCAUUGGAAGCUUUACGUCUUUUGAAGGAAAAUAAAAAUAAGAGUUCGAAAACAAAUGAAGAGAUACGAAUAGUGAAGGAAGACAACCUCGAGGAUGAUGAUCUUCUGUUUGAUGACCAAAGUGAUGACGCUGACCCCAUGGAGGCUUUGAGAAAAUUGAAAGAGAAGAAAUUAAAAGGAUCGACGAAUAGUAAUGGAGAUGUCAGGAUUGUAAAAGAAGAUGAUUUGGAUGAUGAUUCUUUUAGUGAAAAUGAACUGGGUGACUCAGAUAGCUCUGAAUUUGAGGGUUUUGAAGAUGAUAUAUCUGAUAAUAUUGGUUUGGUUGAUAAUACAGUGGAAAGUGCUAGGCGUCCAAAGAAAAUGAGCAAAUAUGUCAGACAUGUAGGCCCUAUCACUCGAAAAGACGAUGAGGAGAUUGAGUAUUAUGCAAAAAAGCUUGGGUUGAAAGACGGAAAGAAAUCAAAAUUGAACAAAUCAGACGACGGUGACGUAAUAGGUGAUCUUUUGGAUGGGUUGGAUUUAGACUUUUCUGACAGUCACAGUGAUUCAGACGAAGAGGCAUCUUUGUCUUAUGAUGAACCCUCCAAUAAUAGAAAAAGCAAGACCAAAGAAAGCGACUACAUAAAACCUCCAAAUUCUAGAGCCACCCAACAAGAUGAAGACGACCUCGAGUAUUAUGCAAAAAAGUUGGGCAUUAAAAAAACAGAUGAUUUACCAGCAGGAGACGACGAUGAUUUGAGCCACUUGCUAGAUGGGUUGGAAUUUAUAAACGAAAAUGAUAAUGGGGUGUCGAGCGAAGAGCAAGAAGAACAAGAAGAUGAGGAAGAUGAGGAAGAUGAGGAAGACUCCGAGGAAUUAUCGUCAGAGGAGGAGCGAGUCAGAGAGAAUCCGUAUGUUGCUCCAGGUGUGGACAAGGAAGACACGAGCGAUGUCUCUACCUCGGAACAAAAGUACAUUCCUCCUGCGUUACGUCGUAAAAUGGCAUUGGAGGCACAAAGCGGUGAGUCAGAAGAAAUACUAAAUUUGCGCAAAGCAAUUAAAGGUCCCAUGAAUAAACUUUCCGAGGCGAAUGUGUCUUCAAUUGUCAAUGAAAUUCAAAAUCUAUACAUGUCUCAUCCAAGGCAGAUUGUGAACGAACAGUUAUCGAAUGUUGUGCUUGAUAGUGUCAUUCAACAAGGACGGUUGUUGGACACUUUUGUCUACCUCCAUGCGUGUCUCGUUGCUGCCAUCUAUAGACUACAAGGUGUUGAGUUUGGGGCCCAUUUUAUACAAACGUUGGUUGAAAAGUUUGAACAUUUUAACAAGGUGGAAAAUAAGAAAACAGAGGCGUCCAACUUGAUUACUUUGCUAUCUUCAGUAUAUCUAUUUCAUUUGUUAUCUUCCAAGGUUCUUUACGAUAUAGUUAGAGAACUCAUUAUCAACCUCAACGAAAAUAAUGCCGACUUGUUGUUACGUUUGAUUAGAAGUUCUGGAAACCAAAUGCGUACUGAUGAUCCUUCAUCCCUAAAGGACAUCAUAGUGUUGUUGAAUGAAAAGUAUGCCGAAUUGCCUCAAGACCUCAAGACUUCAAGAAUACAAUUCUUGAUUGAUACAAUUUCGACAUUAAAGAAUAACAAAAUGAAGGUGUUAAAUGAGGGAAACCAUCAGUUGUCCAUUAGGCUCAAGAAAUUUUUGGGCAGCAUAAACAACAACAAAGGUGGUGAUCCAAUUCAGGUGUCGUUGGAUGAUAUACACAAUGUUGAAAGCAGAGGUAAAUGGUGGUUGGUUGGAUCUGCAUGGAAAGGACAUGAUGUAGUUGACGAGCAAAGUGUUAAUGCCAAUGAAGUUGAAAUCAACGAUGUUCUUGAUGCAGCCGAGCCUAACUGGUUAGAAUUAGCAAAGGCGCAAAGGAUGAACACAGAUAUUCGUAGAGCUGUGUUUAUUUCGAUCAUGUCGGCUACUGACUUUGUUGAUGCAAAGACUAAGUUGGACAAGUUGUCGUUAAAGAGGGCACAGGAAAGGGAAAUACCAAAAGUAUUGAUACAUUGCACCACCAUUGAACCUUCGUGGAAUCCUUAUUAUGCUGUUUUGGCAAACAGUCUUUGUGACUCGCAUUCGUUUCGGAAAACAUUCCAGUUCAUGUUGUGGGAUUUGUUAAAAGAAUUAGAUGGUAAUGAUAUCGAUGACGAUGAGGAAGUUAAUGUUUUGGGAAUCAAUGAUGGUGAUGAAGAAACAAAGUUGAAAACAAUUUUGAAUCUAGGGAGGUUUUACGGGUACCUCUUGGCCGAGGACUCGUUACCGUUGCAUUCCUUAAGAACAGUAAACUUCUUGACUUCGUCUUCUGACACCAUUUUAUUCUUAGAAGUAGUACUUGUUACGUUCUUGGACCAAAUUGGAAAGAAAUCGAGAAAGAAUCAACUUGGUGCCGGAAUGUUCAUUGAUAAAGCUAGCAAAACUGACCAUUUAUUUGAUGACAGGUUAUUAGUCGAGUGUGUGAUCAAAGCGAAAGAUCAAAUUACUUUACUUAGAGGAUUACAGUACUUUUUGCAAGAAAAGAUAAAAGCAAGUGAUCUCAUCACAAAGGAGAAACAGAGGGUGAGAGUAAACUGGGGAGUUGACGCAAUGUUUGAUGUUAUUGAUGAGUUAUUAAAAGACGCUGAUGAAUAUUAA